GGGUGGUCGUGGCGGUGGUGGCUGUCAUUGUCAUCGUAGGGGCAUGAUGUGGCAGAGUGGUAGUGAUGUGUAGGUGGACAUGUCCAUCUAGGAGACAACCAAGCUGACUGACUGAACGAUACACUUGAGGAAGAUAUUACUCCAGCUGGCUACAUCCCAAACACUGACCACUGUCCACUCAUGGAUACAAAAAUAGAUACACAGAUGCUGUCAUUGCCACUGUUCUGCAUCCUCCCACUGCUACUCACACCACUGGUCACUGUGUCCGUCCAGUCCCAAGAUGCCUUGCUUGACGUCAGCGUCAACUGCAGCCAACUGUCUACAACGAACGCCUCGGAGGUCACGGUGAAGGCAGACCGUGACAUCAAGAUCACCUUACUGUGUAAGGGAGCCGUCAAAACCUACUACCUGCUCAAUAACAAUGUCAAACUGACAAUACCCAUUCAUCGGUUUGAUAAUGAGGAGGAGAUCAACAACAACAGCAGAAGUGAACCCGUCAAUGACAGUCACAACAGCAAUGACGACGACGGCAACGACGACAACAAUAGCAACAACAACAAGACUAUAGACAAUCAGCCUGACUCCAACACGGAUACCUGCGUAUUCAACAGUGUGCCUAAUGAAGAAAUUUAUGGAAUACAAAUGACGGUGUCACGCGUCCAGGGUCAAAACAGUGAUUUGACAAUGAGAAAUUACAUUCUGUCGUGUACACUGAAUGAAUACGGUGUGGCCAAAUCAUUGGAGAUCCCUGUUAUGAAGGACAUGAGCGCUGUGGAGGCCCUGGAGCAGUUCAUGGGCAAAAAGGUGAGCUGGGAUGUUGAACUGAAGUUGUAUGACAUAAUGGACCAGCCUAUUACUUCACCUGUCCCCAUUCAAAAGAAGUUUCUGUCUGCCGUUGUUGUUUCCACGGUUUAUUUGAAGCUUUUUAUUCAACCUGCCCACCGACGAGAGACAUUCCUUCUUUUGAGUUUGAACACAGUUCAAACUUGA